AUGUUUCUAUUCACAUCACAAAAACGGUUCGGCCGGCUGAUUCUCUAUGCGCUGGGGGUGCUCGGGAUCAUCCUCAUUCUAUGGCAGUUGCCCUAUGCUCGGCCCACCGUGCGGAUAGGAGCUAGAAGCGCCCGGUCUCAGCUCGAGGAUAUCAGGAACGAGACUCUGGGGGUCCAGAAAAUAUUUGCGAUCAAUCUGCCUAGCAGGGUUGACAAGCGCGACAACCUUGUCCUUGGCUCUUCAGUCAGUGGGUUUAACAUCGACUGGGUAAACGGUAUCACUCCCGACGAGGUUGACCCCAGGACGUACCCUUAUAACUGGAACUAUGACCACAAACCUACCGAGUAUGGAGCUCGACGAGCUCAUGUGAAUGCCAUGCAACGAAUUGUUCAUGAGAGACUGGGAAGUGCCAUGAUCAUGGAGGAUGAUGUCGACUGGGACGUAAACCUCAAGACCCAGCUACAGAGUUUUGCUUUCGGCGUCCGGGCUCUCCAGGGUGCGGAUAACAAGGUGACCAUUUCACCGUACGGUGACGACUGGGACAUCAUCUGGCUUGGUCACUGUGGCGUGUCAUGUCGAGAAAACGAUCCAUAUUUCGUGAGCUCGAAUGAUACAACCGUCCUCCCGCCACAUCACUUCCUGCCCUACUGGCGCGAUCCACCCUCAUUCGGGGUACCAGACUAUAGCCGUCUAACCUGCGCCGUCGACGACGCAGUUUGCUCGAUUGUCUAUGCUGUGACCUACCGUGGUGCUCAGAAAAUCCUGGCCGCUCUUUCCGUGAACCCGACAGGUCUCGCCGAUAAAAUCGACAUUGGUGCUCAGUUCGACGUAUCGCUCGGUCGCAUGUGCGGCAAUGGCUAUCUCCGGUGCUUUGCGGUCUACCCAUCCUUAACAGGUGGAUAUCAUCCCGCUGGGCCCUCCUCGAAGGAAUCUGAUAUUCAUGGCGGGAAUGAGGACGUCCAUCCCAUAUCCAGUCACGGGGUUAUGUACAGUACGAUGCUAAACAUCAACCGCAUACUGGCUGGAGAGGAUACGGUUGUUUCCAACUGGGAUGACGCCCCUGUUCCAGUGAUUAAUCCGGCGAAUGUUUCAAUGACUCGGGGAUCAAUGAUCAUUUCUGCAGACAACGACGAGUAUAGUCCUUCAAUUGUCAACCCGUAA